CAAUAUUAUAUAACAAAGAACUGUCAAAACAAAUGACAUUUGUUGAUUACUGAAGUCUUUCUAUGCGUAAAAUGAACUGAUUUAAUCGUAUGUUAAGAUUAAUAUCUUGAAUGAGGUUGACAUGUAUGAUUGCUAAUUGUGAAAACAGGGUGGCAAUAGAUGUUGUGAUCAAAGAAUAAAAGUGCCAUGUUGAUGUGGACAGUGCACCUAGAGGGUGGUCCCAGGCGCGUGAAUCACGCUGCUGUGGUCGUAGGGGAGAAAAUCUACACGUUUGGAGGCUACUGCACUGGGGAGGACUACGAGAGUCGUCUGCCCAUUGACGUCCAUGUUCUCAACACAAUUUCUCUACGCUGGAAGCUGCUGCACAGCCCUGAAACCUUGGACAGUUCCAUCCCCUACCAGAGGUACGGCCACACUGCAGUGGCCUACGGUGACUGCGCCUAUAUCUGGGGAGGACGCAAUGACAGUGAUGGGGCAUGUAACAUACUCUUCUGUUUUGUCACAGUAAGUGAGACAUGGAGUCAGGUGGAGACACAGGGAUGGACCCCUGGCAAGAGAGACGGACACUCAGCCUGUGUCAUCAAUCACGCCAUGUACAUCUUUGGGGGAUACGAGGAAGUGGUUGACAGAUUUUCUGACGAUGUCUUUCGAUUUGAAUUUUCUACGAAGACUUGGACAUUACUGGAAACAAAGGGUCCCAGGGCACGUUGGCGUGACUUCCACACUGCUGUCGGCAUUGGUAACACCAUGUACGUGUUCGGAGGUCGCAGUGACAUGGGCGGGAACCUGUUCACUAACAUGGAGAUGUACUGUGACUCGGUGCACAUGUUUGACACAGUGACGUGCACAUGGCAGACUGCAAUCUCACGAGGCUUCCGACCCACUGGGCGACGUAGUCAUUCAGCGUUUACACAUAAUAACUGCAUCUACAUCUUCGGUGGAUACAAUGGCUACCAUGAUGUUCACUUUAAAGAGGUUUUCAAGUAUGAUACAGAGUGUCAUUACUGGUCGUACUUGGCUGUGCCGGGUGAAGGACCCUGUGCACGACGUCGACAGUGUUCCUGUAAGAUCAACUCCAAGGUGUACAUCUUUGGGGGCACCAGCCCCACAAUAACUCACAGAGGAAACGCAGACAACCUAGAUGAGGAAGAGAGGGUAGUUCUCACUGACCUUGCCGACCUUCACAUUCUUGACCUUGACCCGUCCUUGAAGACCCUGGCCCAGAUGGCUGUUCUUAAGUACAGGCUGGACACCAGCAGCCUUCCACAUGAUAUCAGAUGGGAGCUUUCAGCGAUGACAACUCCAAACGCAAUUAGCCGACCAAUAAACUCUAAUGGCUGAAAAAGAUUCUGUUGUUGAAAACCUUUUUGAUUGUACGGUGUUAGCUUUCAGUUCAUAUUGUUGGUAAUUGGCUGGGGGGGCUAUAUGUCAGAACUGUUGGCGUGUUAUGAAUGGUAAUAGGUGUUGCAUACAAUAAGCAUAAGUGUGUGUAUGCCAUGGAGAGAACAAAUUUAAAUCGGCGCCAUAGAAAGCAUACAAUUAUUCUUUGCCUUGUAUGUCCAGAAUAAGUAUAGGUGACAUUCUUUUAAAUACAAACAAUGAAAUAUUUUUUUUAAGUGCAUUGCAAAUAAAGUAAAUUUAAUGCAGUACAUGUUUGGCGAGAUAUAACUUUUGUGGAGUGUAAAGAGCAUUUUCCCAAAUAUUGUCAUUUUCCAAGCAGAAGAGAAGAGAACCACAUCGAGUUAUAGCAUAUGAUAAUUCCAGAAUCGUAUUGAACUCAAGGUUAUAAUAUAUUAUGUAUUUACAGCGUAACACAUAAGUUUUAAUGUUGGUGGCUUUAGUGGUGCAAUUAUUGCAGUGUUAUAUUAUUUUUUUUAUGGAAUUGGUUUUGCAUUGUAGUGAUUUUUCAAGUAUCUUUCAUGCAUAACCAUUGCUCAUAGAAGAAACAUGUUUGAAAUUAUUAGGUUUUAUGCAAAUACAGUUUACUUCAGGUAGUUCAACAGUUAAUUGUGUUUAUAACUACAAUUUCCAUUUUACAUGUAUAUCCAUGUUCCCAAAGAAUUUUUUUGUUUUUGUCAUGUUUUAAGACCGAAACACAGAUUUGUAAUUCUGCCUACAUCCAUUUGAUUUGUUAUGGUUGUUAUGAUACAGAAAAUAAAUCUUAAAUAACUUAA